AUGAAUUAAAGGCCAAUUAAAAAUGGAUAUCUGUAAUUAAAUAAAAUAAGCUAAGAUAACAGAAACAUAUAUUUGGACUUAAAACUACUAAAUAUUUCUAUUUGGAAGGCACUCAAUUUCUAAUAUUUGAAGACGAUAAAGUAAUUUCAUAUUUAUAACCAGACUCAUAUUCCCUAAGAAAGAGUCGAUCUAUCAGGUUUCAUUGUAGAUGGCACUUGGCAAGAGGACGGUUAUUAUACUUUCACUCUCAGACACUUAUAAUAAGAAAUAAUGAUGCAAUUU